UUGAAACCGGAAGCGGAUAAAUUGGUCAUGCUCGUGCGUGGUGUCUGUCCACGGUCUCACCUCUGAGUGACAUUAAAACCUUAAGUGGACCGUCGGCAUAUUUCUCCGACUGAAGUCCGACGUGGAGACUCGAACCCACCCCAGGAGUUGGUUCCCCUCCGAAAUUAGUCGUUGCUGUGGCGAGGUUUGUUGUGAAAGUGCGCGUCUGGAGACGUGCUCGUCCGAUACCGGAAGUUGACCAGUGAGACUUGAUCCGUCCACGCCGCCGGGAAGAGACAGAAGGUUUGUGUCAUGUUCCGACUCCUCAGCCGUAAUGGCCGAAGGAAGCCGAGGUUCCCGGUGGACCACCGGCGCUAUGAGCACCACAGAGCCAUCAUGGCCAUACGUCGGGAGGACAUCAACCCGUGGGAGAGGAGGGCGCCCCUGGCCCCCCGCCACGUCCGAGACCUGACGCAGGACGGCAUCAAAGUUCUGGUCCAGCCAUCCAACCGUAGGGCAAUCCACGAGAAGUUCUACGCUAAAGCCGGCGCCGUCAUCCAGGAGGACAUCUCGGAAGCGUCGCUGAUCAUCGGCGUAAAGAGGCCGCCGGAGGAGAAAGUGAUUCCCAAGAAGACCUACGCCUUCUUCUCCCAUACCAUAAAGGCUCAGGAGGCCAACAUGGGGCUGCUGGAUGACCUCCUCAAGAAGGAGGUUCGCCUGAUCGACUACGAGAAGAUGGUGGACGCUAACGGCUACCGCAUCGUAGCGUUUGGACAGUGGGCGGGCGUCGCAGGCAUGAUCAACAUCUUGCACGGUUUGGGUCUUCGCUUCCUGGCGCUGGGCCACCACACUCCCUUCAUGCACAUCGGCAUGGCUCACAACUACCGCAACGUCAGCCAGGCCAUCCAGGCCGUCAGGGACUGCGGCUACGAGAUCUCCAUGGGACUCAUGCCCAAAUCCAUCGGACCCGUCACCUUCUGCUUCACGGGGACCGGCAACGUGUCCAAGGGAGCACAGGACAUCAUCAACGAGCUUCCUGUGGAAUACGUGGAGCCUCACGAGCUGAAGGAUGUCUGUCAGACUGGCGACAUGACCAAAGUGUACGCCACCGUGCUGAGUCGCCACCACCACCUCAUGAGGAAGAGCGACGGCAUCUACGACCCCAUGGAGUACGAGAAUCACCCAGAGCUCUACACGUCCCACUUCAGGACCAGCGUGGCGCCGUACACAAACUGCCUGAUCAAUGGCAUUUACUGGGACCCCCAGACCCCCCGACUCCUCAGGCGGUUGGACGCUCAGAAGCUGAUGCGACCGUCCAAAAGCUCGUUCCCGGCUAACGAGGGAAUGCCUCAGCUGCCUCACAAACUGUUAGCCAUCUGCGACAUAUCCGCCGACACGGGAGGCUCCAUCGAGUUCAUGAACGAAUGCACGACCAUCGACAAGCCUUUCUGCAUGUACGACGCCGACCAGCACAUCGACCAUGACAGUGUGGAAGGCAACGGCAUCCUCAUGUGUUCCAUCGACAACCUUCCAGCUCAGCUACCCAUCGAGGCCACCGAGUACUUUGGAGAUCGUCUGUUUCCUUACAUCUGGGAGAUGCUGCCCUCAGACGCCAGCAGACCUCUGGAGGACGAAGACUUCAGCCCGCAAGUCCGAGACGCGGUAAUCACCUCAAACGGAGCCUUGACGUCAAAGUUUGAAUACAUCGAGAAGCUUAGAGAAAAGAGAGAGAAGUCUCAGAUCAUGGAGAAAAGCGGGAUGAAGCGAGUUCUGUUGCUGGGCACGGGGUACGUCUCCACACCCGUGGUGGAAUACCUGACCCGGAAUGACAAGACACAGGUGACAGUGGCCUCGGUGAUCAUGAAGCAGGCGCAGGAUCUCUCGGCCAGAUAUCCCAACACCGUCCCCAUCAUGCUGGACGUCAGCAGCCAGGAGGCGCACCUCAACUCAUUGAUCAAAGACCACGACCUGGUCAUCAGCCUGCUGCCUUAUACGCUGCACCCACUAGUGGCCAAACACUGCAUUGACAGGAAGGUCAACAUGGUGACCGCCAGCUACCUGAGUCCUGCUAUGAAGGAGCUGCACGGCAGUGCGGUGGAAGCAGGCAUCACCAUCGUCAAUGAGAUGGGACUAGAUCCAGGUAUUGAUCACAUGUUGGCCAUGGAGUGUAUUGAUCAAGCUAAAGCUGACGGCUGCACAGUGGAAUCGUACGUUUCCUUCUGCGGAGGACUCCCCGCUCCCGAGUGUUCCGACAAUCCUCUUCGCUACAAGUUCAGCUGGAGUCCGUACGGCGUUCUCAACAACACCAUCAGCCCCGCCCUCUUCCUGCGAGACAACAAGAUUGUGAGUAUCCCACAAGGGGGCGCCCUGCUGGACGCCACCGCCCCGUUGGAUUUCUUCCCCGGAUUCAACUUGGAAGGUUAUCCCAACCGGGACAGCACCAAAUACGCGGAACUGUACGGCAUCCAGAAGGUGCACACGCUGCUCAGAGGAACUUUACGCUACAAGGGCUUCUCGAGCGCCAUGAGUGGUUUCGUCAAGUUGGGUCUGAUCAACAGCGAUCCGUGUCCAAUGCUGCAGGGUUCCUCAACGGUCACGUGGAAAGAGCUGCUGUGUCAUGUGAUGUCUGUGGACUCCUCCAUCGCCCAUGAUGCGUUUGAGGCCGCCGUGUUGCACCGUGUCGGCCAUGACGAGAAUAAAAUGGACUGUCUGAGAUGGUUUGGAAUGCUGAGCGACGAGCCGGUUCCUCAUGCCGACAGCGUCCUGAUGGCACUGAGCAAACAUCUGGAAGCUAAACUCUCAUUCAGCGACAGCGAACGAGACAUGAUCGUCCUCAGAAGCGACUUGGGUCUUCGCCACCCGACAGGGGAGCUAGAGACCAAGCACAUCAGCCUAGUCGUGUACGGAGACAUCGGCGGCUUCUCCGCCAUGGCUAAAACGGUCGGAUACCCGGCAGCCAUCAGCGCACGCAUGAUCCUGGACGGUGAGAUCAGAUCCAAGGGAAUCGUGCUUCCCAUGACCAAGGAGUUCUACGUGCCGGUGUUGGCGCGCUUGAAGGACGAGGGUCUGCACGUCAUGAACACCAGCACCCUGCUGGAGUAACCAGCGCUAACGUUUUUUUUUUAAAUUCAACUACUGCAAAUCUUUUACACAUCCAAAUCACGGCAAUAAGCAUCUUUACUAGGGGAACAUCAAAUCUAAACAGUUAAAAAAAUAAUAGUGUUUAAAUGGGCAAAUGUUAUGAAUAAAAUGAAGGCUGCUAUUUGAAUUCAAAGUUGAAAGGUCACUGCUGAUACUAAAAGGUGCUGUCUGUACUUGGUGCCUUCUGAUUGGCUGGCGACCAGUCCAUGGUGCACACUCCUCUUCCUGGUUUGAAGCACGCAAGCCACGCCCCCACAUAACUCGUGCAAGGAAAUGUGUGACCAAGCGGCAAGACGUAAUGUAUUUCACUAUUGUAGUUCUAAUUUAAAAGACAAAAAACGGUUUAUUAUUAUUAUCCAGAAACGCUAGCCAUACUCAAUAGUUGUCGGCUAAUGAGUGCUAUUUAACAAAGUCUAGCUAGUAACGUUAGCUCACUGAAUGUAUCGCCUAUCAUGACGGUAACAAAAUAGUGUUUGGGAAAUUUUACCGCGUCAAAACGAAUGGAAUAUUUUUAAAGCCCUUUAUUUUGGAAGCAGCUACAACAUUUGCACUACUUUUUGACUUCUCGUUUCGUGUACAGAAUAGCUCGCGAGUUGUCGGACGUAACUGCUAGCUUGUUGAUAACGUUAGCUGAUUAAGCUAUGUUAGCCUUAUGUGCGUGUGCACGAGCUGUGAGUGAUUGACAGCGAUAAAUAGCACGCCCCUUUCCGGGCUAAACGACUGCACAAUGGUUAUGCUAGUCGCUGAUGCUGUUAUAUUUUUGGAACACGGCACCUUUUUAAGACAGCACAAAGGUCACAUACUUUUUUUUGGUUAUUAGUUUUUAUGGUUGCCGAGUAGGCACUCCCAAGGUUGUUUUUUUUUUAAACCGCCCACCUAGAUUUGAAUCAUUUGCUUAGUCUUCCAUGUGCACGGAGUUGCAGUGUUGUGAACGCCAUAUCAAUAAAAUAUGUGCAUAAACGUAUAGUUACGGUCUGAUUGCUUUGACAUCGCAGCUGCGCUGAUUUUUAAAGACCCAAAAAGCAGAUUAUCUUUAUUUUUAGCCGACGUGAAAUGCGCUUCACAUUAAUUUUAAUAAGGUGAAAUUGUAAGAACUUUUUAUGUGCUAAUAACAUAUUGUUCAUAAAUAUGAGUCUGUUCAGCCCGCGCUAGCUCGCCAUUAUAUUAAUAAUAUUUGUAAUUAAGUGUUAAAUUAAUGAUUAAUGUGCUCAAAGCAACAUAAAGACAAUGAGCGAAUAAAGUGCAAUUUUGGUGAAAAUGUGACACUUUUAGUUCCUAGCGAUCACCAGGCGCCAGCAUUGAUGACGUCACACACAUGCGCCCACGACGUCUUCCGUGCCGUGAAUAUGUAAAUAUUAAAUUUCUUCUGUUGAAAAAUGUAUUUAGAGAUUUAGAGUGGUUAGAAUUAAUUUCGUUUAGGCGCUCUAUGAAUAAUAUGAAUAUGAUUUAAAUUUGGAUUGAAGUUUUCUCUUGGACGUCAAAGAAAAAAAAAUAUUUCACCGUAGUAGCCAUUAAGCUAGCUUAGCUUGUUAGCAAAUAGCUAAAAUGUCAAUGACGAUUUUUUUUCCAACAUAAAAUGUGAGCCGGAAAUCAACUACCGGUCAAUUAUUGCAUAGCGAAACUAACACAUUUACUCUAAUUGAGUGUUUUUCUGUGUAUUUUUAAUUAUAAUUUCUCAAAAGUAUUUUUACAAUUUUAGUCUUUUCUUCAGUGCGACGUCCUUAAUAGCAGUGUUUCCCAUAUUACGCUUCCUGUCACGUUAAACAGCGUUACAUUGUUAUUGGCGCACAAACACGAGUCAUUUAACAUUUGUGAGUAUUAUUUUUCGUAUUAUUUUAUGGUGAAAUGUACCGAAACAUGAAACCUGAGUCAGCAGGUGUGAAAUGCGUGGCGUGGGGCUCGUGACGGGCCGGCGUUGGCGGGAGGCAGCCAUGCAAACGAGGCCACCAUGCAGGGGAUAAUUGGGGAGGGUCGUUAGAAGUCAAAUAUGCAAAUGAGGCGAAAGAUCCUCCUGCCGGUCAAGACCUUCGUCUGGACACUUGACCUACUUUGUUUUCUUGGCGAGUCUUAGCGCGGAUUAGAAUUUAGCAUCUCGGGGAUUACAUCCGUGUAGGGACGGCGUUUGUAAUCCACGAGCUCGUUUUCUCUUUGUCUGGAUGCCGUGACCUUUCACCUCCUGUGUGUGGGCCGUCUGCCCCCCCCCCCCCAUGGAGUAAAACUGACGAUGAGCAUUUUGUCAACAAGUCAUUUAAUUGGCGGCUAAGAAUGUUUGUUAGAAAAUGCAGAGUAAAAAAGCCAAAGCUACAAAUGAAAUAUCUAUUCAUAAAGCAUAAAUAUAAAUUUGGUCCGUUGAUGUGAUUUACAUGAAAAGAUUAUCAUCAAGCUGCUUGUGUCCAGUUAAAGAAUUAAAAAAAAAAGGCACGUUACAAAAAUCCACUGGAUAAAGUCCAAUAUCCGAGUUCUCUCGGAGGAAAGUUUGUUGCUUGGAAAAGUUUUCUUCACACCAGAGAUUCCAGGCUCUCGGCCGUGCUUCCUCCCAGCACCACGACGCCGUUCUUGUCCGAAGACCGGAAGCUUCUGUGGUCUUCUUGCGUCCCGAGGAGGCUCAGCAUGGACUCAUAGAGGAACUGGUAGCGGUCCUGGCGCACACGGGAACAGCCAGCAGUUCAACAUCCAUCAACAUUUGAUGUCAAAUAAAAGUGAGGAGUACGAUGAUGAAGCUUACCUUGAACUGCUGGUCCAGUGGCGUCCUCCCAUCCUGCCCCAGGGUCAGCAGUUGGUCCACGUACCUGUGCAGGUUGGUGAUCAUGACGAUGACGCCCACGUUCUGUUCCCAAACCAUCCUCCAGAAGUCGUCGGUGCUCGACUUGAGCGGACCCUGGGCGGCGAUGUACGAGCGUUUGGUCUUGAAGCCCUAAUGACAGAGAACAUGUGACACUUGUGGCACUCAACAAUGACUCACAGACUCACUCUAUGACCGGACUUCUGGUGUGGAUGAGGUGCUCCAGCGAACCCACAUAGCAUACAUUCAGCUCCACCACAGUGUUUAUAGUACAGGCUCACUCUCACCGGACUUCUGGUGUGGAUGAGGUGCUCCAGCGAACCCACCUAGCAUACAUUCAGCCCCACCACAGUGUUUAUAGUACAGAUAUUGAUUCCACAAUUGGUACAAUUGGAUGUCAGUACUGCCUGGGUCACGACUUGUGUUUGGAGCCGCCAGUUGUCUUCCACCCCCACCGGUAUCCCUGACGCGAACGCACCUCAAACUUGCGUUGAAAGCUGUGCGUUUGGUGAAGAUGGCCGACGUGUUGGACAAAAUCUUUGACAGGAAACGGCUGGCGGUCGUCUGUAAGGUUCUGGUCCAAGAGGGCAUACGUGUACUGGAGGUACCUGGCGUGUGGACCUCCUCCAUGCCGGUGUAGGAGGAGAAGACUUGACCCAGGAAGUGCUCCUGCUGCUCACGGUAGUUGUUCUGCAGGUAGUCCAUCAACAUGACGUAGCCGGCCUGCUGCAUGGUCAUCACCUCGCAGAACAUCUCCAACUGGAAGACACGACAUCGUCAAUCCACGUGGCCACCAGAGGGCAUUACGACUAUACCACACCACCAUGAGAGGGGAGGGAUCCACCCGUAGUACCCGGGGUACUUGACGCCAUCCAAGCUGUGCUCAGAGCCCUCGGAGGAGGCGUUGCAGCGCCCCCAGUGGAAGCUUUUCACGUUUGUGUCCUGACGUGCUGGAACUCGCGUCCGAGUCCUCCAUCGAGAUGUUUG